UUCAAAAUUAAAAUUUCCUAAAGAACUCAUCUAUCUUUGGCGUUUUGGAGAUUCCUCUUUGGAUUGGAAAACGGUGGUUCUUUAAUUGUUUCCUUCUUCAGAACAACCAUCAAUCCAAUCACCCAUUUCUCGGCAUCCAAUCAUCUCUCCAUGCCAGUUCUCGUCAUAAGCCAAGAAUUGGGGCUACCGUCAAGGUCUGUUCGCUGCCGACGGCCGGUGAGCGGGAAGAGGAUUGCUUUGUCGCCGGUGAAGAAGCAGCCCGGCGGCGAAACAGCGAGGAGUUCCGAGAAAUCGCUGCUUGAAGCCCUACCUCAAGACGUUCUGAUUAGAGUUCUCUGUGGCGUUGAUCAUGACGAUUUGAAGCAGCUUUUUCGCGUAUCGAAGACAAUCAAAGAAGCAACUCUGAUUGCUAAACAAUGGCAUUUUGCAUAUAGCACGCCGGCAAAGACUUCGGCGUUUUGGAACUCGAUCGAUUUGGAGGACACUGGCGACAUUGAGGCCCCGAAUGGUCCGAAACAGUUCCGGCCUCGCCGGUCUCGACUCAGCGGGAAGAGCCUGGCCAGCAUCUCCCUGGCAUUGUUUCCUUCGCCGGACAGCGAGCUGCGGCCGAAGAAAAGAGGAACGGGAAAUGCCGACGUCUUUCCAUAUCCGAUUAACGUCCGUUGACGGAGAUAGGACAAAUCUCGUAUCUUUGCACAGCAGAUCCGCCAUGGUUGCAUCUCGAUCAAUUUCUUCAAUUCUUUCGUUGAAGAUAAGUUCGCUUGGUUGCCGUCCUUUCUUGUACAUAUAGUUUAGUGACUACGCUGGACUUCUCCUUGUCCAUUACUUUUUAAAAAGUAAAUUAGCUUCUUCUUGAA